AUGGGUGGCGAACCUGUUGACUGGAAGGACUCUUUAAUUUUCCUCCCUUAUGGUGACUGUUUUCACUGGCACCGCAAGAACUUCCAUGAUCAUCACAUCAUUGGCAGCCGCACCACAGUGGAUGCAUACAGCGAGAUCGAGGAGGUCGCGACUCGUCAAUUCUUGAAGUGCGUGCUUGCAAAACCCGAUGAACCGCAGGAGCACAUCCGACACAAACGUGCAGGUGCCUGGGCGCACCUGGUGAGUACCUGGACGUCCUGGCGGCGACCUGGAUGGUCUGGCGGCCUGGAGGGUGAUUACUUCUCACGUAUGCCAAACUUGACUGAAGCAAAACUUUGA